AUGAGCUUUUAUGAUGAAAUUGAGAUAGAAGACAUGGAAUGGGUUGAGGAUUUGCAAACAUUUUUUUAUCCUUGUCCUUGUGGAGAUAAGUUCAGAAUUUCAUUUGAAGAACUUUGCUUGGGAGAAGAGGUCGCAAGGUGUCCAAGCUGUUCAUUGAUGAUUCGAGUAAUUUAUGAUGAAGAAUCUUUAAUGAAUUAUGGAAGCAUAGACAUUUAA